AUGGACUCGGACGAGUUCAUCUUCGUGGCGGUGUGGCCGCGCGAGCUCAGCCGCCUGCGGCGCGAUCUCCGCUGCGCCCGCGGGGACGCGGACCGCGCUCUCGUCGACCGGGCCAUCGCGCUGUACGAGUGCUUCUUCCGCGCCCGGUCCACCGCCGCACGGUCCGACCCGGUCCGCGCAUACGCCGCGCCAUGGGCCACCGCGCUGGAGCGUGCCGCCCACUGGGUCGCUGGGUGGCGCCCCAACGCACUCAUCCACCUCCUCUACUCCGAGUCGAGCCUCCGGUUCGAGUCGCAGCUGCCGGACCUCCUCCUGGGCGUGCACUCGGGCGACCUGGGCGACCUUAGCUCGGCGCAGCUGGGCCGGAUCGACGAGCUCCAGCGGCGGACAAUACGGGGGGAACUGGAGAUCAGUGCGGAGAUGGCGGCGGUGCAGGAGGGUCUGGCGGAGCCGUUCCCGCGCUCGGACGCGGAGCUGGAGGGGAAGGUGGGCGAGCUGAGGCGGGUGAUGGAGAGGGCGGACGAGCUGCGGCUGCGGACGCUGCGGGAGGUGGUGGACAUACUGGAGCCGGUGCAGGCGGUGGACCUCUUGGUGGCGGCGGCAGACCUUGAGAUCGGGUUGCGGGAGUUCGGCCUCUCGCAGGAUGGCAGCCGAGUCGGGCCACAGGGUCGAGCGAGUUGAGAUAAUAGUAGUAAUAAGAAGAAGAAAAUAGACCAUCUCUUUGGUCACCCUUAGUUUUACCGAGCUAAUGACAUGGUGGGACCGACCCUUAAUGGUCUUUUUCUUUGGAAAAAAUCGUGUGUAACUGUUCCGAAUAUUUGUCCCUCUAAAUUAUAUAUAAAAUAUUCCUCAAAAUAAAAUAAAAAAAACACUGAUAUCCA